AUGUCGACCUUCGGCAGUCAAUUGAUGCUCUUGCGGCCUGCAGGUUACAAUGAGAGACGAUACAUCACUCGUCAGUCACUGGGAUACUAUCGUACACUUGCCAUUGGUGGUAUCUACACUGUCAAGCGAGAAAAAAAUGACCAAAUCUCUCAGCAAACAUUCGUGCCGGCCUUGAAGCAUUGCGUAGCAACUCAUCCACUAUUGAGUGCCGUCAUCGAAGGCGAAGAUACCGAAUCUCCCGCUUUUGCCAGACCGAAAGCACUGAACUUGCAAGAUCAUGUCGGAAUCUUGAGCAUCAACGAUCUCCAAGGAGGAGCUGUGCAUUCGUCAGAGAAGGAUCUCAUGCACCAUGUCACGGUUCGCACGCUCGACAGCAAGUUUUCGUCUGUGGAGACCACACCACCAUGGAAGAUUGUAGUCCUCAAUCUGCCCAAUCACGACGAAGAUCAAGAUCAAUUCAUUCAAAGAUUCUUCAUCCUGUUCGCAUACUAUCAUUCUCACGGCGAUGGCAAAUCUGCUCUGGCAUUCCACAGAACCUUCCUGCAAGGACUCAAUGGCCAGAAGAGUGACAUUCACGAGAGCUUCAUAUGUGAAACACCAUCGAAUCCUCUGCCGCCCACGAUUGAACAAGCUGGCAAACUCUCUAUCUCUUGGUCCUACCUCUUGAGCCCACUGUUCGGCGCUUACCUCCCGGAGUUUGUCACCAAGUCAUUGGGCCUACGUGCUUCGACUACACCUAAAUCUGCCAAUGCUUGGAAAGGUAUCAAGAUUCCUUUCGACCACAGUACAUUCACUACAGGGCUUGAGUUCUUCAACAUCUCCCCCAAAAUCAUGGAUGAGACACUGCAGCUUUGCAGAGCUCAUGAUGUCAAGUUCACCAGUUUGUUGCAUCAACUAGUUGUUAGAGCUUUGAGCGAAGCUUUGCCUGGUAACACAUCUACCGGAGAUGAUAUUGGCAGCUUCGUGGCCCUGACUGUUGUGGAUCUCCGUCACCUUCUCAAUGGUAUUGGCUCAAACGAUAUGUCCUGUCCUGGACCUACCGCCUCUUUCGAGCUCUUCAGUCGCGGCAAUGUCGAAAACUGGAAAGAUUGGAGCAACCCCAAAAGCGACAGCCCAAUUUGGACUACAGCUCGCCAGACCUCCAAAGACCUUGCCCAACGUGCCAACACUCUACACGAUCAACCUAUCGGCCUGCUAUCCUACCUCAGCAGGUUCCGCCCCUGGAUGCAAGGAGAAGCCGAAAAUGACAGAGAAAGCUCCUACGAAAUUAGCAAUCUUGGAGUGUUUGAUCCUACUGCAGAUGCGCAGAAAGGUGACUGGGAUGUCGAAUCCAUGCUCUUUGCUCAGCCGGCGAAUGUGAUGGGCAGUUGCCUUGCUGUCAAUGUCGUUACCAAGAAAGGAGGCGCUACCACUAUCUCCCUGACUUGGCAGACCGGCACUCUCGGUGUUGGAAACGAGCAGGAGGUUGUCUCUUUCGUUUGCCAACUUCUUGGAAAGUACUUCGGCGAAGUUGCCUAG